GUGUGUAUACCAAAUUCCCAAAAAUUUUCUCCCUCGUAUCGGUGCAAACAAAGCAACCGAACAAAGCAUCAAAAUGGUGGCGUACUACGACGAGUGCGAUGCUACCGAGAGCCCCAAGACCCUCACAGACUGGGUCCGUAACUUCCGCGUGAAGCGACAGAAAAUGCGUCGCAAAUUGAGGGGCGCCGGAAGCGACUUACGCGUUAACGCCAUUUUGUCGACGGCCCUGCUCCACGCGGAGCACGAGCUGCGUAGAAAGCAGCAGGAGCGUUUCAGUCGCUGGCUAGAAGUGCAGACUCGAUUUGUGCCCCACGGCAGGACCCACUGCGCCAAUGACGCGGCGGACACGAGCGCUAAGGAUGCCGCGGAGGUCGAGGCAGAGAGUAAUUUGUGGAGCAGCGAGCUGAGCAGCCUCGACAGUUUUAUGCGCAGUUUGAGUAGCAGCAACAACAACAACAGCCCCGACGCCAGCAACAGUUACUCGGGGACGAGUAACAGCAACAACAACAGCUGUGCCAUCGCAGUGGCCAGUUAGAAAGAGAAAACUGUAUAGUGCCAGUCUGAGCGCGUGUGUGUGCGUGCGUGGCAUGCAGACGCACUCAAAAUGGUGGAGAAUGGCUGAAUACAGUUGCUUUUCAGACGAAGAACCGAUUUCCUGUAGCUUUAGUUUUUUUAAAAACCUGUUAAACUAGUGUUAUUAUGACAACCAAUUUCUCAU